GAAUUUCUCUCUCUUUAUAACCAACACACAAGGCUGAAUGGGUUAUCUUUCUUGGAGUUUAAAAUCUCUUUAUCUCUACACACAGAACAAAAGAAGCCAAACAAUGACCAAAGUAGUAUAUAUAAUUAUUGCCUUGGCUUUUUGUGUAAUAUAUACUUUGUCCCAAGAUCCUGUGUGUGUUGGACGGCCAGACAACUGGACAGUGGAGAUUGGCUGCUGGGGAUUCAAGUUUUGUAACUCUAGCAAGCUGGUCGAUAUCGUCAACUGCACCAUCAACGGAACGGUCCUGGACAGAGACUCUAAACAAUGUCUAGCUCCGAGAACUGGCCACACAGAAUGCGGCAAGGACCAGCCCUGCUUAGGGAAGAUUGAUGGCUACUACGCUGACCUGUCAGACAACUGUAUCUCGUAUUACGUUUGUGCAGGGGAGGUCAGUCUAGGGCGACUGUACUGCGCUGCACAUCUCGUCUUCAGUGAGAAAAGCGCAUCAUGUGACUGGAUCAGCAACGUGGUUCCGCCUUGCGGAACGUUUCAGGGAACGCCAUCACCGUGAGAAUGAGCAAAGGUCUAUAAAGAGAGUAGUUAGUGCGGUUAGUUUUUACCGUAUUGUUCCUAAUAAAAGAGUUCAUGACA